AUUGACAUAGCAGUGACAGGUGAUGGGGAUCUAGUGUACUCUGAUGGGACAACAAGGACUGUGAAUAAAGUGAAGAAUGGACAGACAGAGGAGAUGAUCAGACUACAGGGCUGGAUACCUACACUACUCUGUGUCACUUCCUCUGGUGAUCUCCUGGUUACCAUGUACACUGAGUCUGAUGUUGAAAGACAAAAUUGUCCGUUACUUACGCUCCACAGAGAAACAAACAUUCCAGUUUGAUGAGCAGGGUAAACCUUUGUAUUCAGGAAAUGACAAAAUUAAAUACAUCAGUGAUAACAGAAACCUAGAUAUCUGUGUGGCUGACAAUGAAGCCGGUGCUGUAGUGGUAGUCAAUCAGGCUGGAAAACUCCGAUUUAGAUACACUGGUCAUCCGUCCACUAUAAACAACAAACAAUUUAAACCUUAUGGCAUCACAACAGACAGCCGGAGUAAGAUUCUGACAGCAGACCUUGAUAACCAGUGUAUCCACAUCCUAGACCAGGACGGACAGUUUCUCCGUUAUAUAGAUAACUGUGAUCUGAAGGAUCCAUAGGGUUAAUGU